CUUUCUAAGAUAUUUCAAAAUGGCGUCCCUGCGCUACGUGGUCGCCGUGGUCCUGGUGACCGUUUUGGUUUAUUGUUCUGCACUACAUCCCCUAGUUAGAAGAUUGCAGUUUCACGUUAAUUCUUGCUCAAACGAGACGCCAGAAUGUAUGCAUCAGUGUAUCUUCAAGAAAAUGGGAAUUGUAAAUAAGAACGGCCAGUACGUGGAGAGGAAAGCAGUAGAAUGGAUGAAAAUUGCGACAGAUAAAAAAAUUCUUACACGAUCGCAAACUAUCAAAAUUGCUAAAACAUGCAACAGUGUAAACAAGAGUUCCAGUAAGCGGAGUAAGGGCUGUCAUCUGGCUGAGCAAGUGUCGGUGUGCAUGCAUAAUGAAAUGCUGAAGGUAUGCAGCUAA